AUGCUCGCUCCAACAGCUCUCCCUCAUUCUUCCUGUGCCGCAAUUGACGUCCAAACUAUAUCCUUCGAAAAUCAUUAUCACACUGCCUGCUGUCCUGCACCGCCAGGCGAGAGUCAAUUUCCCGGAUACCAUCUCAAUUCGGCGCGCUCCAGCUCGGCGACGUUCGCCUGCCGCCUGAAGCGAUCGUCCAUCAUGCCUGAGGCAGGUCAAAGCCACCACAAGCGGUCCAAGUCGGCUGCCGCCCUCUCGCUUCUCCUUCGCAGGGACACGCGCGAGGAAGAGUCCGGCUCGGAAGAAGUUCAAUCGUCGGCCCAAGCGACGCCGAGGCGUAGCCUUUCGCACCACAGCUCCCGACGAAUCUCCAUCUCGUCGACGUCCCAGAACAGGAUGCCGGCGAUGCCCUCUUCGAGCCCGCCCCCGCCGGUCCCCCGGAUCCCGGACAAGGCGGCGAGCCUCGAGCAGUCGGUCCGCAAGUUCCGCGUUGUCGAGGCCCUCCGGAGUGGGGACACGACGUCCAUCUCGAAGGCCAUCCGCGAGACGUCGGACAACGCGUCGCGGCCGAGCAGCUCGUCCGUCGCCACCGCCGGUGGCGGCUCCCUCGACGAGACGACGGUCCUGCACCUCGCCAUCCAGUGCGCCGAGCUACCCGUCAUCGAGUACGUCCUGUCCGACGGCGCCGGCCACCUCGACAUCAACGCCCGCGACAAGGACGGCAACACGCCGCUGCACCUCGCCGCCAUUCAAGGCCGUGCUCCCGUCGUCAAGCUGCUGCUCGAGCAGCGGGACAUCAACGACGCCGUCGCCAACCUCCAAGGCAAGCUGCCCAUCGACGUCUCCCGAAACCCCGAGAUCUUCCAGCUCCUGCAGCUGUCCCGCUCCCUCUUCGCCGAGGCCAAGGUGGCCCAGAUCCAGGAGCUCAUCGGCCGAAGCGACUACGGCAUCCUUGCCCAGGUGCUCGAGGAGCAACGGCUGAAGACGGUCAUCGACAUCAACAGCCCCGAGUUCGCCUCGGAGCCCGUCACCGUCCAGACCGGCGGCACCCUCCUUCACGAGGCGGCGCGGAGGAAGGAUGCCCAGCUCAUCCAGGUGCUGCUCCUCCACGGCGCCGACCCCUUCCGCCGCGACCGAAAGGGCAAGUUGCCGCAGUCCAUCACGAGCGAUGACGGCAUCAAGGCCAUCCUCAAAAAGUCGCCCGCCGCCGUCGCCGCCCAACGAGGGAUCCAGGAAAAGGCCGUCCUCGGCCACGCGGCCCAAUGCACCGCCACCGCCGGCCCCGGGGAUGCCCUGGCCGGCAGGGAGGCGCGCGAGAUGAAGGGCUACCUCAAGAAGUGGACCAACUACCGCAAGGGCUACCAGCUGCGCUGGUUCGUGCUCGAGGAUGGCGUCCUGAGCUACUACAAAAACCAGGACGAUGCCGGCUCCGCCUGCCGCGGCGCCAUCAACAUGCGCAUCGCCAAGCUGCACAUGAGCGCCGACGAGAAGACCAAGUUUGAGAUCAUAGGAAAAUCGUCCGUCAAGUACACCCUCAAGGCCAACCACGAGGUCGAGGCCAAGCGCUGGUUUUGGGCCCUCAACAACUCGAUCCAGUGGACCAAGGACCAGGCCAAGGAGGAGCAGCGCCAGGUCUCGCGCAGCGCCGAGAUGCUCAAGCAGGCCAAGGCCGAGCAGACCGGCUCCCUGUCGGUGCAAGACUCCCACAGCGAAAACACGAGCCUCUCGGACAUCCAGCGCAGCUCCUCGCAGCUACAGAGCCGGUCCGUUACCAGCGCCCGGGCGCCGCCGCUCAAGGCCGACCUUGCCGGCGCCAGCACCGUGGGUAGUGCCGACGAUGAAUUUGCCGACGCCGGCACCGAGGGCGGCGCCUCCAGAGCCCCCGCCGGCGGCGGCACCCACGGCGACAACGAGGACGAUGAUGACGACGACGACGACGACGAUGACGACGACGACGGCAGCGCCCACGCCAAGCGCGGCGCGACCAAGGACGCCCUCAACAUCACUGCCCAGUCGGCCAAGCUGCAGCUCGAGACCAUGUCGAGCGUCCAUGCGGCGCUGCUUGCCGAGCUCGCACGGCGUCCCGAGACGCCGCUCUCGGACGCCAAGGUGAGCCAGGCGCUGUCGACGUACGACGCGGCCAUCCGGAGCCUGACGACGCUCAUCGGUGACCUGCUCCGCAUCUCGAAAGACCGCGACGCCUACUGGCAGUACCGAUUCGACCGCGAAUCCGACCUGCGACGGAUGUGGGAGGACAGCAUGCAGCAGGUCGCGCGCGAGCAGGAAGAAUUGGAGGCGCGCAUGGCAGAGGCCGAGCAGAAGCGCCGGCUGACGAAGAAGGCCCUCAAGGAGGUCAUGGAGGCCGGUGUUCCGUCGGCGAGCAACACGCCGAGGGCGGAGGAGUUGCGGGACGACGGCGAGCCCGAUGCGAGGCCGUCGCGGAUGCUGGCACGCAAGGCCACGGCCCUCCACCAGCUCGCCGAGCUCUCCGAGAGCGAGUCGGCCGACGAGGAGGAGUUCUUUGACGCCGUAGACGCCGGCGAGGUGGAGGUGGCCGCGAUGCCCCUCGACGCCGUGCAGCAAAGCAAGGGAGUGGUCGUCUCGGGCGUCGACAUCAGCCCCUCGUUCAAGGGCUACGAAAACGGCAUCCGGCACAAGCUCAAGAUGGACUCCGACAACCGUCCCAAGAUUUCUCUCUGGGGCAUUCUUAAAUCCAUGAUCGGCAAGGACAUGACCAAGAUGACGCUUCCCGUCUCCUUCAACGAGCCGACUUCGCUGCUCUACCGCUGCGGCGAGGACAUGGAGUACGCCGACCUCCUGGACCGGGCCGCCGACCGGGCCGACUCGAUCGAGCGCCUCAUCUACGUCGCCGCCUUCGCCGCGAGCGAGUAUGCGUCCACAAUCGGCCGGGUGGCGAAGCCCUUCAACCCGCUGCUCGGCGAGACGUUCGAGUACGUCCGGCCGGACAAGAACUACCGCUUCUUCAUCGAGCAGGUCAGCCACCACCCUCCCAUCGGCGCCGCCUGGGCCGAGUCUCCGCACUGGACCUACUGGGGCGAGUCGGCUGUCAAGUCCAAGUUCUACGGCAAGUCGUUCGACAUCAACCCGCUCGGCACCUGGUUCCUGCGCCUGCGCCCCAAGGCCGGCGGCAAGGAGGACCUGUACACGUGGAAGAAGGUGACGUCGUCGGUCAUCGGAAUCAUCACCGGCAACCCGACCGUGGACAACUACGGCACCAUGGAGAUCAAGAACUGGACGACGGGCGAGGUGGCCUUUGUCGAGUUCAAGGCGCGCGGCUGGAAGGCCUCGAGCGCCUACCAGAUCGCCGGCAAGGUCCUCGACGCCGACGGCAACGUGCGCGUCAGCCUCGGCGGCCGCUGGAACUCGAAGCUCUACGCCCGCCUGACGCCCGGCUUCGAGGCGACGGUGGACGAGCCCAAGGACAGCGGGCCGCUGCACGAGGGUGGCAUGACGGAUCCCGGCCGCGCGUACCUCGUGUGGGAGGCCAACGCACGGCCGAGCGGCAUCCCCUUCAACCUCACGCCCUUUGUGCUGACCUUCAACCACAUCGACGAGAAGCUCAAGCCGUGGAUCGCGCCGACCGACUCCCGGCUGCGGCCCGACCAGCGCGCGAUGGAGGACGGCGAGUACGACCUCGCGGCGACGGAGAAGAACCGGCUCGAGGAGAACCAACGAGCCCGGCGGAAGGAGCGCGAGGCCAAGGGCGAGGAGUUUGUGCCGGCGUGGUUCUCCAAGGCACGGUGCGACGUCACGGGUGAGGAGUACUGGAAGUUCAACGGCAGGUAUUGGGAGCAGCGCGAGAUGGCCGGCCCCGACGGCGACCCCAAGGCCUGGGCCGGCCUGGAGCCGGUGUAUGUGGACCCUGAGCGGGAGUCGUAG